AGACAGACAGCUGUUCACAACUCUGUAACAGCACACCCCCACUGCAUAAUCACCGCUGUAAAAAGUAAAACCACCGGCUGAGAGGAGCGGGAGCCCCUCCCCCGCCGCCGUCUCCAACAUUCAGGAGAAGCAAAUUUGUCAAAAAGAUAAUUUCUGUUUUGAUCUGAGGAAGAAAUGGUGGGGAAGUAGUUAAUAGGUAAGGGUAAAUUGAGGAAAAAUGGUGGUGAGGAAGGUGGGGAAGUAUGAAGUUGGGAGAACGAUAGGCGAAGGAACAUUCGCGAAAGUGAAGUUCGCUCAGAAUACAGAGACUGGAGAGAGCGUCGCCAUGAAAGUACUCGAUCGCUCCACCAUAAUCAAGCACAAGAUGGUCGAUCAGAUAAAGAGGGAGAUAUCGAUUAUGAAGCGUGUUAGGCAUCCAUUCGUUGUUCGAUUACAUGAGGUUAUAGCAAGCCGUACGAAGAUCUAUAUCAUAUUGGAAUUCAUAACAGGUGGUGAAUUGUUUGAUAAAAUAGUUCACCAUGGGAGACUUAGUGAAUCUGAAUCACGAAGAUAUUUCCAGCAGCUCGUUGAUGGUGUGGAUUAUUGCCACAGUAAAGGAGUCUACCACCGAGACUUAAAGCCUGAAAAUUUACUACUCGAUUCCCAAGGAAAUCUUAAAAUCUCUGAUUUUGGGCUUAGUGCAUUGCCUGGAGAAGGAGUCAGCCUUCUUCGUACAACUUGCGGUACUCCUAAUUAUGUUGCACCAGAGGUUCUUAGUCACAAAGGCUACAAUGGUGCUUUGGCGGAUAUUUGGUCAUGUGGGGUCAUCCUAUAUGUUCUCAUGGCUGGUUAUUUGCCAUUUGACGAGAUUGAUCUAACAACAUUGUACGGAAAGAUUGAGAAUGCAGAAUUUUCUUGUCCGUCCUGGUUCCCAGUUGGAGCAAAAUCCUUGAUCCAUAGAAUUUUAGAUCCGAAUCCUGAAACGCGCAUUAGAAUUGAAGAUAUAAGAAAUGACGAAUGGUUUAAAAAGAAUUACGAUCCAAUUAGACUCCCCGAAACUGAAGAAAUUGAUCUGGACGAUGUUAAUGCUGCUUUUGAUGAUCCAGAGGAAGAAUCACCUAACGAGGAAUGUGGGAAUGAUGACACGGGGCCUCUGGUUCUCAAUGCAUUUGAUUUGAUUAUUCUUUCUCAAGGGCUAAAUCUUGCUUCAUUGUUUGAUCGAAGGAAGGAUUCACUGAAUCAUCGAACUCGGUUUGUUUCACAAAAACCUGCAAAGGUCGUCUUAUCAAGUAUGGAAGUUGUUGCGCAAUCAAUGGGUUUCAAGACCCACAUUCGCAAUUACAAGAUGAGAGUCGAAGGUCUCUCUGCAAACAGGGCUUCACAUUUCUCUGUAAUUAUGGAGAUAUUUGAAGUUGCACCGACAUUUAUAAUGGUUGAUAUCCAGAAAGCAGCUGGAGACGCCGACGAAUAUCUCAAGUUCUACAAAAACUUCUGUAACAGUCUUGAUGAUGUUAUUUGGAAGCCACCCGAUGAAGUUUCUAAAUCACGGGUUAGUAAGACGAAGAGUAGGCGGAGAUAGUUCUGUGGUAACUUACUUCAUCUAUUCUCAGUUUAUGUUUUUUCUGUACAAUAUAAAUCAUUUUUUUAUGUGUGGGGCCCACGGGUUAGUUUAAUGUUAACUAUAUGUGAUUGUUUGUAGAACUAAUUGUUUGGUUUUUGGUUUGAAUGUAAUGGUUUGCUUCGCCCUUUUAUGAUCAUGUGUGAUGGACUCGAUUGUUUGUGUUAUGAUUAACUGGCUUGGAGUUGUGUGU